CGUCUUUUUAACAAGGAAGAGGGCAAGCGACACAAUUUAAAUGACUUUAGAUAUUUGCUCGUUUUUUGUGGGUGGCGGCAGAGUUUGUCAUCUUGUGCUGAAGGAAAGAUGAACGGUAUUAUUCUGCUCACACUUUUGACCAUCUGGUCAAAUGUAGAUUGUACGCCGUGCUCAUAUUCUCCAUCGCAGUGGUGUACCUCUGUGGACUCAGCCAUCGAAUGUGGGGUUCUGAAGCAGUGCCUGGAAGCCAAUGCCACCAAGCCCAACACACAGGUGCAGCCCGUGCAGGUGGAGUUGUAUUUUGAAAGUCUGUGCCCAGGAUGCCGGUUAUUCCUUACCUCACAGCUCUUUCCCACAUGGACCAUGUUGCAGGACAUCAUGAGUGUCACACUGGUGCCCUACGGAAAUGCACACGAGUCUUUUGAUGGGAAGCAGUAUCAGUUCACCUGCCAGCACGGUGAGGAGGAGUGUCUCGGCAACAUGAUCGAGACCUGCAUAUUGAAUGCUACAGGAAGCAAAGCAUUCCAGAUUGUCUACUGCAUGGAGGCCUCCACUGAUGUUAUUAAAGCGGGGGAGAAGUGUGUGGCACUCUAUGACCCGAACACCAAGUGGGACAGCAUCAUGACCUGUGUGAAGGGAGACCAGGGGAAUCAGCUGAUGCAUCAGAAUGCAGUGAAGACUGGUGCCUUAAAGCCAGCCCACGACUAUGUGCCUUGGAUUGUCAUAAAUGGGGAACACACCGAUGACCUUCAGAAGAAAGCAACGUCUUCACUCUUCACUCUGAUCUGUAGCAUGUGGAAGGGGCCCAAGCCUGAAGCCUGCGGUGCAGCUCCAAUGAAACGACACAGAAGUUACUGCCAUGACGAAUAAAUAAUCUACAUCUUACCAAUACCGCCGUAUGCCUUUGUGUUCAACUUCAAUUGCCAAAUAGGGAUGGUAAAUCUGAACUUUUUUAAAACGCUAUCAAUAAUGUUUUAAACUGGUUUGACUGUCGGUAUCACAUAGUUCUUCCGAUAUUCAAGAAAAGGGACGUCGUGUAUUGUAUCACAUUGCUCCGUGAAUGAGCCUUCUGUGGAAUGAGCUGUGUGAAAUAAACUCUCAGUCAUCUAUUUUUAAUGAAGGGACGAAAUUAAAGCUAACUAUUUUAAAA